AUGAAGCGCCAUCCAGGGACAAGAAUAGUACAAUGUAACCGAAGCCCAAACACCGAAAAAGUGAUAAAGGCGGCCAUUGUACUAUUUGACGACACCAUAGCCAUAACCCAGUGCCCGAACCUCACAACUGAGAACAUCGCAGUUGCUAAACUGAGGACAGGAGCAUGGGAGUUGGGCGUGGUGUCUGUCUACCUGGAGGGUGACAAAUUACUAGAGCCAUACCUGGACAUGAUUGGAGCAGCCGUGGCGGGCCUAAAAACCGGGAACGUGAUAAUCGGUGGCGACGUAAACGCUUGGAAUACGUGGUGGGGAAGCCGGGAGGUUGACAAGAGGGGCAUUGAGGUAGCUGCCAAGUUCGACGAAAUGGAGUUCCACAUUCUUAAUAGAGGGACGGAGCCCACAUUCGACACCAUCAGGGGUGGAAAGAGAUUCUCCAGCUGUGUGGACAUAACAACCUGCUCGACGAACCUGCUUGGACGGAUAGACAACUGGAGACUAUCAGAUGAAGUAACUAGUUCGGACCACAGGGCAAUCUUGUUUGAUAUAAAUUUAGAAAGAUCCAUAACCACCGAUAUAAAGAGAACAACAAGAAAAUUUAAUACCAGAAAAGCAAAUUGGAGUGAGUUUCAUAAGAAACUCACCCAUAUUUGGCAAGAGAAGCAAAUAAAUAGCAUACAAAUUAAUAAAAUAGAAAAUAAAAAAGAUUUAGAAGCAAAAAUAGAAGAAAUCACACAAACAAUAAUUGACGUUUGCGAACAUAGUAUACCCAAAAUUAAAAAUAAAAAACAAACGAGAUUGCCUUGGUGGACCGACGAGUUGACUCAAAGGAAAAAGGAGGUCUCCAAGUUGAAACGCCGAAUUUCCUGUGCAGCACCAGUCCGUCGAGAGUGGGUCGUCGAGCAGUAUAUUAGAACUAAAGAAGAAUACAAACAACUAGUUAAAAACACACAAACCGCCAGCUGGAAGAAUUUCUGCAGUAAACAGGAGAAGGAAACAAUGUGGGACGGGAUAUAUAGGGUGAUAGGCCGAACAACUCAAAGACAAGAGGACGUCCCCCUUGUGUGGGAAGGAAAGACCUUGGGAAACGUAGAUUCAGCGAGAGUUCUAGCGGAGACUUUCUAUCCGGAGGACAAAGACCAGGAUGACGACGCGGAACACAGGCUAAUAAGAAAAGCAGCAGAAGCAGUGAACGAAGGGUCACUUGAUGAUUCAAGUGAUCCACCCUUUACAGAGGAAGAGCUUCUGUGGGCCGCGUCCAGUCUUAAUCCUAAGAAAGCUCCCGGAAACGAUGGUCUCACAGCUGAUAUCUGCGCAGCGGCCAUUAACCAGAACCCGACACUGUUCUUGGCAGUAGCAAACAAAUGUCUUGAACUUGCGCAUUUCCCCGGUAAAUGGAAGGAGGCGGCGGUAGUGGUACUACGAAAACCCGGUAAAGAGGACUACACGCACCCUAAAUCUUACAGGCCGAUUGGGCUUUUGCCUGUACUAGGGAAAAUUUUUGAAAAAAUGACUAUACGACGAAUCAAGUGGCACAUCGUACCUAAGAUAAGCAAAAACCAGUACGGCUUCAUGCCGCAGCGUAGCACGGAGGACUCCCUCUAUGACAUGAUGCAGUAUAUAAAGGCUAAGAUUAAAAAUAAAAAACUGGUUUUACUUGUAUCACUUGACAUAGAGGGAGCCUUUGACAACGCUUGGUGGCCAGCGGUACGAUGUGCACUUGCAAAGACCGAAUGCCCGAUAAACUUGAGGCGGCUGAUUGACAGCUAUUUUGAGGAUAGGUCAGUCUGCGUCAAGUAUUCUGGGGCAGAAUGGGUCAAGAAGACCUCAAAAGGGUGCGUGCAGGGCUCAAUAGGCGGUCCAAUCUUUUGGAACCUAUUACUUGAUCCACUACUGCAAGAGUUGAAUAAUAAAGGGGAACACUGUCAGGCCUUCGCAGAUGAUGUGGUCCUGAUCUUCUCUGGAGACAAAGCACUGGAAGUGCAGGAACGGGCCAAUGCGGCCCUCGCACAUGUUCGGAGGUGGGGAGUCAAAAACAAGCUUAAAUUUGCUCCACAGAAAACGAAAGCCAUGAUCAUCACCAACAAGAUCAAAUAUGACUCACCACUUCUGAAGAUGGGCGGGGAAAGCAUAGGUCUGUCUAAAGAAAUAAAAAUACUCGGCCUCACAGUUGAUGAUGGGCUGACCUUCAACGCGCAUGUCAAAAAUGUGUGUUGUAAGGUACAGAACUUAUAUCGUCAGCUGUGUAGGGCCGCAAAGAACUUCACGGUGCAGUAA